UAUAUAUAUAAAGGUAUCGUUUUGUGACAGAUCGCAAGAAGGGAAGCAUUUUUGUAGAGAAACUCUUCCACACUGCUUCUGCACCCGCAGUCAAGUCGCUCGACACGUUCGAUUGAAUGCGGUUAAAAUUAACGUCUGGCUGAAAUGCCGAAGAUAAGGAUCAAGCAGACGCCGAACAGUCUUUGGUUAAGACAACGCGAACUGGGUGUAAAAUUUCCACUUGGCCAUAAUGACAAUUUUCACAAGACUCUUUAUUCCUCAAUACAACCCAUCACUUCGUGGGAUCACGGAGACAAUCUGACCACCGCGAGACAUGGUGGUGUAUUUAAUUUGGAAUAUUCGCCAGAUGGGUCUCUUUUACUGGCAGCAUGUGAAAAGAAAAGUAUUUUAAUGUUUGAUCCAUUAUGCAGGAAGUUGAUACAUGCGAUAGAUAAUGCUCAUAAUGACUGUGUCAAUUGCGUAAGAUUCCUGGAUCAACGUAUGUUUGCAACUUGCUCCGAUGAUAGCACAGUUGCUUUAUGGGAUGCCAGAAACUUAAAGCAAAGGAUAAGAACUCUUCAGGGACACUCCAAUUGGGUCAAAAAUAUAGAAUAUAGUCCAAAUGAUAGCCUAUUAUUGACCAGUGGGUUUGAUGGUAGCAUAUAUACUUGGGAUAUUAACAGUUUUACAGAGAAUAGCUUUGUCUUCACUCGCGUAUUUCAUACAAAUGGGCUAAUGCGAACCAGACUUACUCCCGAUACUAGCAAAAUGUUAAUAUGCACUACUUCAGGAUAUCUCAUUAUAAUACACAAUCUUAAACUCAGUACACUAAGUCAGGAUUUGGCUGGAUUCAAGCCAAAUAUGUACAGAUUAAUGCAGUUAUCACAAACUACCAUACCGGUAGCAGCUAGUUACACGCACCUUUUUUCUCACAGCCGUCCUCACAAUAGAGUCGAGUUCCUCACCGAUUUUCCCGUAGGUGACGAUGCCGAAGUAAUAUCUAGUCUACAAGUUCAUCCACAAGGAUGGUGCGCCUUGUCUAGAAACGUUAGCAGCGGAGAAAAAUCUGAGUGGACUUGCAUUCACGAUAUACAAGAACGCGAAGCAUCCAGCAGCGGGGAACAUGUCAAUGGGGGAGAAGAGGGUCGUUUGACAAGUUUAAAUGUGGACGAGUUCGUAGAUUUUCCACAGUCGCAACCAUCGCGUUCGGGAAUCAGGUCUUCCUAUAUAGUACACAAUGUGGCGUCGGACGUGAGAUCGAACUCGUUUGAUCCACCUAUCCGCGUGUCCACAGACGCCGCGCCCUCGUCGGUCAGACCAUCAUCGAGGACUGGUUGGCAGGUGACGACGACGCGCAGAAAUCUACAACACCAAUCGAGAAAUCCUCGUUCGGAUAGAAAUAUGGCGAGAACGAAUUUGGACACGGUCGAGGUUAGUACGAGCUCCGCCGCCGAUGCGAGAGUAAACGCGACGAUUUACCACGACGAUAGAUCGGAGGAUCGGCACGACGUGGACGACAAUAAUGACAAUUCGGCAUCAGCCAACGAAGUGGAUCGAGAGGGUACGCGAGAAUAUAGAUCUUCAAGACCGCACUCUCAGCUCAAUGACUUACGGCGGCGUAACGCGAUCGACAAUUUUUCCACUGGUAACGUAGAACUGCACGUUAGCACAGGUGACGUGUGGGAAGCACUCGUAGCGAUCAGGGAGGCGAGAUUACGCAGAGAACGCGAGAGAGAAUUUUACCCCGGCGCCGAGAGAAGGGACUGGCUUCCUAGAUCGAACAAUGGCAUGAGCGUGAAUAUUCCUCGUUCCUCCCACACGGUCGUGAUAAUCGGCGAUCGAGCUCGGGUGCAGAAUUUGCAAAACCGACAGAAUCUACAAACCAUGUACAUGAUACCGAGGAAUCACAAGAUUCAUCAGAAUACGCCCAGAUUGACGCAUUACAUCGAGGAGCCGAAUGUCGGUUCCGGAUAUAUCAAAGAACUAUGUUUCUCGGCAGACGGUAGAUUGAUAUGUUCGCCGUUUGGUUAUGGCGUACGAUUACUGGCGUUCUCAAGCGACUGCGCCGAGUUGUCUAAUUGUGUCCCGCCCGUCAACGAGUCCGUGCAGCUUCACGAAUUAGCGACACACACUGGUCAUUCCGAUAUUGUGGUUAGCACGAAAUUCUCACCUAAGCACUAUUUGCUAGUGUCCGGCUGUCUCAGCGGUAAAAUUGUCUGGCAUCAGCCAGUGGUUUAGCUAAAUUGAUAAUUAAUCUUUAUAGGCUCUUUGUUAUUUCUAUUAUAAUUGCGGUCUCUUGGUAGAUAGGUAUACUUUCAGCUUUGUAAAAGAUCAAUCUGAGAAUUUUUUUUUUUGUUAAUUAUAUAUAAUUA